AUGUCUGAAGCUGGACGUCAAUCCUUCACCGACAAGGCCGGUGCUGCGCUAAGCCUGACUCCCAGAAGACCACCACUGAGCAAAUCGCCCAACGAGACUAAGUCCGACUCCCAGAAGUUGGGCGACACCCUCUCUGGCAACUCCAACGAGAACAAGGACUCGCUCUUCCAGCAGGCCAAGAACGCUGUGGGCCUCGGCGAGACCAAGCACUAA